CGGCUGUGCGCACCCCGGUCACGGAUGUCACGUGACAAGCGUCUAUAAGUAUAGCACGGUCAAUAAAGAAGCCCUCUUUGCCCGUUGGAAUGUCGUCUGCUCAAGUUAUCACAUUGGCGACGAGGAUGACAACGCACCCGCGCUGCCCAGCGGAAGCGUCGCAGACGGCAGCAGACGAGCACCAUACGAGCGGGGCCAACUGAACGGACAGCGACAGCCAAAGCAGCGCAGUCAUCGCAUCUCAAGCGGGCGACGGACGGAGCGGACACGACGGACGGAAGCCAGCAACCGAUAAGUACACCGUCGGUUUGCCGAAAUAUGGCACCUCUUGGAAAGCUUGACGAAUACGACGAAAAACAACAGAAUUUUGACUCGUAUUUAGAGCGUUUCGAGCACUUCGUUAGCGCAAACGACAUCAAACCAGAAAAGAAGCUAGCGGUGUUCUUGACCGUAAUAGGACCUCGAGCUUACGAAGUUCUGAAAAGCUUGGUCGUACCGGCAGUACCGGGAGAUAAGUCGUUCGAAGAAGUGAAAGUUAUGCUGAAAAACCACUAUAGCCCGAAGAGCUCGGUCAUAGCGGAAAGGUGCAAAUUCAACAGACGUGUACAAGAGGAACAGGAGAGCGUUGAAGAUUUCAUUGUAGCGCUAAAGCAUUUGGCAAGGAAGUGUGACUUUGGCCAGUUUCUGCAAGAUGCUCUGAGGGACAGGCUUGUGGCGGGAAUACGGCGCGAAGAAACGCAACGUGCGCUAUUCGCCGAAGAAAGCUUAACCUUCGAAAGGGCUUGCAAGAUCGCAUUGGAUCAAGAGCAGGCGGCACGACAGACAGCGUUACUACACGCCGGAAGCAAAGACGCGUCGUUGAACGAGAUAAGAGCGAACCAGAAAGAUAACGUCAAUAAGCGUGACGUUCGAAAACACAAGCAAAGCAAGAAGUCUUGCGAAAGAUGUGGAAGGGCGCAUGCGGCAAGCAAAUGUUGGUACAAGAAUGCUACGUGUCACAAGUGUGGCAAGUUAGGCCAUUUGCAAAAAGUGUGCUCGAACGAGAAAAAGGGACCCAAGAACGCGAAUGCAGUGGACUGCUCGGAGGACGAUUCAGAACUGGACGUCUAUCACUGCCUUAACACGGUGCGUUCGGGUUAUGAAGUGAAAGUCAAUGUUGAAGGGGCGGACGUUUUCAUGCAAAUUGAUACAGGAGCGGCUGUAACAAUUGUUCCUGAAAGUGUUGCGAAAACCGUGUUCCCUCAUGUCAAGUGUGAGCCAUCUCGGGUAAACCUAAAAACGUACACGGGUGAACGAAUCCCGGUAAAAGGGCAAUGUGACGUUUCCGUCACAUACGAAAACCAGACUUUGAAACUGCCCGUUAUCGUCGUCGAUAACCAAGGCAAGAAAUUGCCGUUGCUCAUGGGGCGGAACUGGCUUGAGAGGCUCAGACUUGAUUGGAAAAGCGUCAUGUCACUGGAGCAUGUAACUGAUUCACACCGAAUAGAAGCGCUGCGUAACAAGUUCCCGACAGUAUUUUCUAAUCAGUCUAGUGUCACGAACAACUAUCAAGCGAAGAUAGUUCUAAAACAAGAUUGUACGCCGGUUUUUUGCAAGGCGAGACGGGUGCCUUACGCGUUACGCGAUAAGGUUGGAGAAGAGCUGGACAGGCUAGAGAAGAGCGGGGUUUUACGCCGCGUAAGUCACAGUGAGUGGGCGACUCCGGUAGUUGUAAUUCACAAGAAAGAUGGAUCACUCAGGUUGUGCGGGGAUUACAAAGUAACGAUCAACCCUGUACUAAAAACCGACCAUUACCCACUGCCGCGACCUGAAGAUCUGUACACUGCCAUCGCAGGUGGCAAAGUGUUUUGCGUGCUGGAUCUUUCUGCUGCGUAUCAGCAGGUACCGCUGGCUGCCGAGUCCAAACCACUUUUGACUAUAAACACGCACAUGGGGUUGUUUCAGUUCCAACGCCUACCGUUUGGUGUGGCCAGUGCGCCAGCCAUUUUUCAGUCCUUCAUGGACGAGGUGCUUAAAGGCAUACCUCAUGUGGGAUGCUACAUUGAUGACGUCAUCGUGUCUGGAAACGACACCCAGGACUGUCAAAAGACGCUGGAAUGCGUCUUGCGUCGACUUCGUGACUACAAUGUCACUUUGAAAACGGACAAGUGCCGUUUUUUCCAAAGCUCGGUGACCUACCUGGGUCACACGGUGAGUGCCGAUGGCAUUUACCCGACAGAAGCAAUGACAAAGGCUAUCACAGAAGCGCCCGAGCCCACCUGCGUAACGGAACUGAAGGCGUAUUUGGGGAUGCUAAACUUUUACGCUAAGUUUCUCAAGAAUGUUUCGUGCGUAGCUGAACCGCUUUAUCGGUUGUUGAAAAAAGGUGAAAAGUGGUCGUGGACUCGGAAGUGCAGCGAGGCCUUUGCUGCUACGAAGCAGUUGCUCGUAAACAGCCAGGUUCUUACAUUCUACGACGUAGACAAGCCAAUUGCAUUGCUGUGUGAUGCUUCAUCGUACGGGAUUGGUGCUGUCAUUUUUCAUGUAACACCAGAAGGGGAAGAGCGCCCAGUGGCGUUCGCGUCGCGAACGCUCACGUCAGCGGAAAAGAACUAUGCGCAGUGCGAGCGAGAAGCGCUAGCUCUGAUGUUUGGUCUGAAAAAGUUCCAUCGCUACCUGUAUGGUAGGGAGUUCACUCUCUAUACAGACCAUCAGCCACUGCUUGGGAUACUGGGGCACGAUAAGCCUGUACCUACGCUAGCGGCAGCUCGAAUGCAAAGAUGGGCAAUGAUUCUUGCAGCCUAUAGGUACAAACUCAAGUACCGUAAAGGAAAAGAUGUCGAGGUGGCUGAUGCUCUGUCUAGACUCCCACGACCGAUGACAACAGCUGACGACCCUGCUGAGUGUCUUUUGUUGUUUGACAGUACUCCCUUGACCGCGGAAGACAUAGCUAGAGCUACAAAACGUGACUUGACCUUGUCUCGCGUAGCUAACUACGUUCUGAAUGGUUGGCCUGCCCAAAGUAGCGAAGAGCUAAAACCGUACCAUGUACGACGUGACGAGUUGUCAUUUGAGCAAGGCUGCGUCACCUGGGGCUCAAGGGUGAUUGUACCUGAAAAGCUGCAGUCACAGGUUUUGGCACUGUUGCAUGAGGACCAUCCAGGUGCUAGCCGCAUGAAAAUGCUUGCCAGAAGUUUUGUAUGGUGGCCAGGGCUAGACCUAGAAAUCGAGAGCUACGUACGACAGUGUCGCGUAUGUCAGUCUGUUCAGAACGCUGCUCCACCUGUACCGUUACAGCCAUGGAGCUAUCCAACUAAGCCGUGGCAACGAGUACACGUGGAUUUUGCUGCUAAAGAAGGCCAUGUCUUCCUAGUACUGGUGGAUUCUUUCUCGAAAUGGAUCGAAGUGUGGUCCAUGUCUUCCACCACUACUGGUAAAACACUCGACAAAUUGCGAAGUGUAUUUGCGGCUUAUGGGCUACCAGAGGUACUGGUGAGUGAUAACGGACCUCAGUUUGUUUCAGAUGAGUUCUCUGAGUUUAUGAGGGUGAAUGGCAUCAAGCACGUUAAGACGCCACCCUAUCAUGCUGCCUCCAACGGCGCAGCAGAGCGUCUCGUGCAGACCACAAAAAAAACUCUGCUGAAGCAAUUGUUAGACGAGAAACAGAGUGGCAAGAAACACUCUUUGCUCGAGCGUUUGGAUAGCUUUUUACUGAGCUAUCGAAACACCCCAAACAGUACCACUGGUCGCACUCCGGCCGAGCUGUUUUUGAAGCGACAGCCACGAGUGAAACUUUCUUUGCUUAAACCCGAUUUUGUAAAAGCCAUGCAAAACAAACAGCAGCACCUGAAGGAACAGAGUGAUGCGUCGCGAGGUGCUAACCGGUCUUUUGUUGUGGGUGAUACUGUGUUGGUCAAAACGGUGCGAGGCGAGCUAGUGUCAUGGGAAGAAGGUGUGGUGACUCAAGUCGUCAGUCCUGUGACAUAUUUAGUGAAAGUGGCGCAGGUUGUGCGGUUCACACACGCCGACCACAUCCGAGACCGCCUUGCAAGCCCGACGUCCCUUGCUGCACCGCCUACGCCGGAGGAGCCUACGCUCCCAGAUGUUCCGGUGCCUCGAGAAACCCAGCCGAUGGUGCCACAAGUUGCUUCUGCUGCUAUGCCAGCGGACUCUCAAGCCGGCAGUCAACAAGCUACACGGACGCGUGAGCAGCCGCUUCCACCACCGAGUUCCACAAGUGCGCCAGUGACGACACCGGAGCCUUGUACUGAGGCACCGACUUCCAGAAGAAGUACGCGAGUGCGGCGUCCACCGGACAGGUACAAACCGGAGGACUUCCGAAGCUGAUGUGAGGGGGAAGGAAUGUAGCAGCGUGACGCUGCAAGUCACGGCGCACCACGGCGCAUCGGCUGUGCGCACCCCGGUCACGGAUGUCACGUGACAAGCGUCUAUAAGUAUAGCACGGUCAAUAAAGAAGCCCUCUUUGCCCGUUGGAA